AUGGGAUUUUCACUUUCAAAUUUUACAGGAGAUCCAUUUGCUUUCACAACAGUAUCAUUUGGUAUAUUAGCAUGGGUUAUAGCAUUAGGUGGUGCUGCUGCUUCAGAUCAAUCUAAAUUCCCUCGUUUUAGUUGGUGGGGGAUAGUUUAUGAAUUAUUGAUAAUUAUCGUCAUAUUUGUAUUAUAUUGUAAUAACAAUAUAGAACUAUAUAAGUUCAUGUUAGUAGGACUUGUUUCUAUUGCAUUUGCUUAUUCAACAAAUUCAAUCAAUUAUCUUAUUUAUGAAAAAUCAAGUGCAAAUUUAGCUUGUGCAGCUGGUAGUAUUUUAUUAUCAAUAUUAUUUAUCCUUUGGAUAAUGUAUUUUGGUGGACAUCCAGAAUCUCCAACUAACCAAUUCAUUGACUCUUUCGGUAUUAAAAACCAAUCAAGUCCUCAUGAAAAAUUAGCUACAAGAUCUACUUCAGGUCAUGCAAAUGGGUUAAUGAAGAAUGAUUAUAAUGAUGAAUCGGACAAUGAAUACCGUCGUUAUGUAUCACCAGUACAUCUCCCAGAUCAACAACAACCGGUAGCAUCCAUAACCGCAUCCGGAGGUGCUCCACCAGCUACUGCUGCAAAACAAUACAUGUCCUCAUCACAAUUGAAUGGACUUGAGAAAUCAGCAGACGCACAAUCAAGAGAUUUGACCAAGAAUACCAAUAAGAGAGAUACCAUCUAUACUGAAUCCGAAAGUGGAACCGGAAUAACGUUCAGAUAUAAAGCUAAAGCUUUAUAUAGUUAUGAUGCUAAUCCUGAAGAUAUUAAUGAAAUUUCCUUCACCAAGGAUGAAAUUUUAGAAGUUGAUGAUAUUGAUGGGAAAUGGUGGCAAGCUAGAAAAGCAAAUGGACAACUUGGUAUUUGUCCUUCAAAUUAUGUUAAAUUAUUGGAUGCUUAA